GAAACCAGAAAACAAGAGAUCAAAACAACCUCCAGGAUUCUGCAARCCAUCAAAAAAGAGCUAUUACCGGAAGUGACGUCUAUUGAUAGCAACYUAUAAAAGUGUCAAGCAAAUCAAUGCGCAGGACGUUCAAAAAACAUCCGAGAGGGAUUGGGGUGGUGUUAGUGUCCAACUCGUAAACCAGUAGAGUAAGUUUACUUUUAUUUUGUUAACUUAAGAUGCAAAGAAUAAAAUGAAGUUGUAAGUAUAAAUAUCAUAAUUAGAUUAACUCCAUCUGCUUGUGGUUGACUCAAAGGCGUGAUCAAUGAACAGGUAAAUACCUGGUCCAGUAUUGUUCAUAGUGUCACCAUUCAGCCUGUAAUGUUUAAUUUCCAACCAAGUCGUCAUUGAAUUUUCACACUGCAUCGCUGUAUCGUCUGUGUUGCCUGCCUGUUGGGGGCACCUUGCUCCGAUAAGCGCCGGCUGUACCAUAUGAUCUAAAGUAUUGGCUAACGCCUACCUUACACAAUAACAUGAAGAGUAAAUUCUUUUUGCUGGUGUGUUUAGUCACCGAAUUGGUUGUGUUUGCUGUAGCAAAGAGUAAACAUGGAGCGAAGCAUAAGGACCAUCACAAGACGAAGGAACAUCAUCAUUCUAGUAAAUCAAGCAAGAGACAGUUCAUACCUGUGGCUCCAUCGAUGCUAGAUAACCUACCGGGCAACUCAAAUUGUAUGACAUCAUGUCAGAAGCUCUGUACUCCGGACUGCGACUUCGCGUGUUGCGUGCCUCAUCCUCAUCCAGCUCCUUUGCCUCCAUCACAACCAUCAAACUGCGCAUCUUACUGCCCAAAGUCCUGCUAUCCAAACUGUUCACCGGCAUGCUGUGGACUAUCCAACCAACCACCUAAUCCACAAUAUGCCCCUGUACCACCCCCACGGGUUCUUUACUCUCGACCCAGCUCACUCCCUGUGUCACGCCGAUGCUCAAGGCCAGGUUGUCCGAAAUGGUGCUUUCCAACAUGUUCGUAUUCGUGUUGUAAUCCAAGACCCCAGCCUUUAUACCAUGCAACGACGACACAAAUUUUACCUCCUUUCAGAAGACCAGACACGAGAUUUUAUGCUAAUCGUCCUGCACUAGCACCACUUGGACAGAAACAGUUCAAUAGCUUUAUGCCACGAAACUCUGCCAGGUUAAUGCCUCUGCAAAAUAGAGGAUUCAUUGGUCCAUACUGUGGAAGAUUUUGCUCCAAACGAUGUUACCCAUCGUGUUCGCCUUCGUGCUGUUCAGCGCUUUCUCCGCCUCAAGUACAGAGUUUCGCUCCAGCACCCAUCUACCAACCAGCCUUUAGUAUGCCAUAUCAAGCACCACCACAACAGUCUCUUGUACUACCUCCACCCGCAUGCCCUGCUGCUUGUCCAGCCACGUGUUAUCCUCAGUGCAAUCCAGGCUGCUGCUUCCAACGGGUUACUCCUCCACCACCGCCUCCACCCAUCCCAGCCGCUCCUACUUGCCCUGCACCAUGUGUCAAUUCUCAAGCCUGCUACCCAAAGUGCACACCAAACUGCUGCCUCACACAAGUACCACCACUACCAGUUGCUCAGCCACAGGUCUUCCCAUACAACGGCCCUAAACCAUUGAACCCUGGGGCUGUAACACCAGGUAUGCCUCAGGCUUUCCAUCCCAUCAUUGGACCCCCUGUCCCAAAUUCUCCGCAGUUACAGCCUAUGGUCGGACCUCCAAACUCACCAAACCCUCAGUGCCCGCCACCAUGUUCUCCAUCCUGCUUCCCUCAGUGUACCACAAGCUGUUGUUCUGCUUCUCCAGUUCCGUUCAAACCUCCUGAGGUAAUCGUACUUAUUCCUCGACCUCCACCUGUUUGUCCUGCGCCGUGCUCAAGCGCGUGUUAUCCGAAAUGUGAGAAAAGCUGCUGCUGUGGGGCUAAUAAUGUAAAUGGUCUGUUGCCGUUGGAGGGUGGUUAUACAGGCAUGUGUGCUAGUGACUAGGUAAAAACAUACACCUUUUAUUGGCUGAGAUCUGUGAGUUAGCUAAUACAGAUCAGCUUAGCGGUUGCUUUACGGUACAAUCUGUGACUUAGCAGUUUCUUCACGGUAAAAAAUUCAUCCUGCGAAAACGAACCAAUGUGAGUGACCACUUCAAGAUUUAUACAACACUUAAAAUGAAUCCCGUUGAAAAAGGUUUUCGUAUGAUCGGAAGGUUUUCUCCGUGAUAACGUACGACAGGUAUUGAGUAAGACAUGGCGUAGCAUCGUACUGUCUUAUUCAGAAAAAAAUCUGAAUUACCAGAUGACGUCACAUUGCCGUUUAAUUUUCCGACCACUCCCAAACCUGGCGUUCGAAGAGUCAGGCUCUAGAGUAAGGUUAUCUUGCGGAUUGGGUUCGUUAUUUGUCUUUCUUUCUCCUUGGUACGUAAGAUUGAAUCACUAUUAGUCAUUCUGUGGUCAAGAAAAAAACUGGGUCGAGUUGGCACUGCAGAGCAUUGUGGGAAUUAAGUGGCAUGUUUUCAAGAUGGCGUCUAUUUGUCCUCUAAAAACAGUCUCACAAACCACUGCAAUGUCAACUGGACUCAGUUUGUUUCCUCAACCACAGAAUGGCUACUAACUAAUAGAUCGUUCCCGGUUAGCAGUCAUGCUCAAGAGAUGGAAAUAACAUACCAUUCACCACCUUUGCAGGUGGCAAAGUAGUUUUAAAGGUUUAUCCAAAUUUGAACUCUUGUGGACUCGGUUGAAGGCUUUGUGUUUGACUAAUGAACUGAUGUAUAAAAGGUGGUGAAUAGCAACCAUGUUGGUUGAUCUAACAUUGAACUAAAGUUAACUCUUUUGAUAGAUUCAAACAAAAUGGCGGCCGUGAAGUAUACAAAUAGAAAAAUAUUUAAAAACUGUCUAGUUAAUUGAUCUGUUGAUCGAUCAGUUCUUUACUCGGUUGUAUAUAGACCUCCCUUAGUUGGAAUUAAUUUUCCUGACUUUUUUUUUUAAAAAACCAAUUAUGAUAAAGAAACAAUUCUAUAGAGUUUUAUAGUGUGACGUCAAUCAAAUGGAAAAAUGACUUCCGCGGGUUCAAAAAAAAAAGCAAUUGUAUAAAUAUUGUAGAUAUAGAACGAGUCAGAUUAUUAACGGAGUCUGUCAGGAAAUAAAUAGACAACAGAUAGCAGUAUAA